AAUCAAGAGUAGUUCGGCAAGUUGAGAGAAAGUCAACUUAUUGUGUUUUGCAUAGAGAUUCAUAGAGAUAUAUAUUUAUUUUUUAUUUUGCUGGGUGAUUAUCGCUGAAGGGGACCAUGGUUAUGUUGAAGAUCUCUGCUUUCCUUGUUGCCUACGCCCUGGUCAUUUGCCAGAUGUACUGCUCACAAGCCGCGCCUGCCAGACCGGGUUUAGAGUCCAUGUCAGACCGAGUCACGCUCACGGACUACGAAGCGCGACGGUUACUCAACGCCAUUGUGAAGGAGUUUGUGCAGAUGACGGCGGAGGAACUGGAGCAGCAGGCAACUGAAGGAAACAGCAUGGACAGGCCCCUAACCAAGCGCUGCUCCAACCUCAGCACCUGUGUGUUGGGCAAACUGUCUCAGGAGCUGCACAAGUUGCAGACAUUCCCUCGCACGAACGUGGGAGCAGGAACACCCGGCAAGAAGCGCAGUGCGCCUGAGAGUGACAGCUAUGCAAGCUACGGCGAGACGUUUGAAAGCAUCUAACCCCUCCUUAUCCACUCAUAACCCUGCUUUUACUUUUCCCGAUCUCUUUUUCCUUUGUCAUUCUUUCCCCUUUCCUUCUCUUCUGUCAUCUUCCUCUCCUCAUCCCAGUUUCCUUCUGGAAUGGAAAGUGCAUGCUGAUAUUACCUGCUUGACUGACAUGAAGAAUAUGACUUUGAACUGCAAUUUUUCAGUUUUUUCCCCCCUCUCCCCAAUCUUUUUGGCAGAGAAUGAUUUGUCCCUGUUAUCUCAGACAAUUUUCACAAGUGUAAUUCAGGAGCCAAUUCAUAAAUCCAUUUCUGUGUACUGUACGUGGAGUAAUUUGAUGGCAUUUCAAAGCCCCUGAAACGAAAGAGUUGGGAGCGAUCACUUAAUCUAACCGUUAAUAAAUGAUCCACUCAUGCAA